AUGAUCAGCCAAAGGGGGAUUGAAGCCAACCCCGAGAAGAUCCGCGCGCUUAUCGAUAUGCGGCUGUCGAGGACGAAGAAGGAGGUUCAGAGCCUCACCGCCCGAGUCGCCGCCUUGGCCCGUUUCAUAUCAAAGGCCACCGACCGGUGCGCCCCUUUCUUCAAAGCUCUCAAAGGGAGCAAACAGCAGGUAGAUUGGACUUCCGAAUGCGACCGAGCGUUCGAAGAUCUGAAAGCCUACAUGAGCAGAGCUCCUCUGCUGUCCACCCCUCUUCCCGGAGAAGACCUCACCAUCUAUCUCUCGGUCUCGGCAUCGGCCCUGAGUUCCGUACUCAUCCGUCAACUGAACGGCAUUGAGCUCCCCAUCUUUUAUAUGAGCCAUGCAUUACAGGACGCAGAGCAACGGUACCCCCAACUUGAACAGUUGGCCUACGCUCUCGUCCUCUCUACACGCAAACUUUGGCCCUACUUCCAGGCUCACAGCAUCGACGUAUUAACCAAUCAACCCCUACGGCAAGUCUUGCAGAAGCCAGAGACAUCAGGACGACUGAUCAAAUGGGCUAUCGAGCUUGGCGAGUUCGACAUCAGGUAUCACCCUCGGCCUUCCGAAUAA